AUGAUGAUAGCGUUUUUUUUUUUUUUUUAAGUUUUUUAAACUAUAAGUUUAUUACUUUGAUGUAGGAAUAAAAAAAACAACUGAUAAUUGCCUACAGCCUAGGUAUUCGGGUUUGGGUUUCGUUUUGUUUGGAAAGUAAAAGGAGAAGCUGUAUCGAACACUUUAUUUGCCAAAAAACCAAAAUAAACUUUCUGUUGGUAUGGAUGCUUUUUUUACUUCAAUAUGGCGGAAAACCAAUCGCCAUAUGUAAAAGAUGAGCAAGGCGCCACUUUCAUUGCAGCGAGUCAGCGCCCAGACGGUACUUGGAGAAAACCUAGACGAGUGAGAGAAGGCUAUGUACCUCAGGAGGAAGUGCCUUUGUAUGAAAGCAAAGGAAAACAAUUCACAAAGAGCAAGCCACAGUAUCCUGUAGGCCUUUCUCCAGAAAUCAUCAAUGAAUCCAAAGCAAGAAGAGAAAAGGCGGAAAAAUCUCUUAUUCCGGGACUUAUUAUCAAUGCAGAUGGGAAGUCGAGUAAAAAGAAGAAGAAAAAGAAAAACGCGAGCUCUCCAGUUGAAGCAGUCACAGACAAUCUGUCGAAAACCCACUUGGCUGCAGAAGCGGGUAGCUCUCCGAAGAGCAGCAGUUGCAGUAACACGAUUGAACCUACGGCAAUCACACCUCAUUCGCCAGAAGAAUCGAAGACUAACGUAGGGUCACCUGCCGACCCGGCGAAACGAAUAAAAAACCUUCGGAAGCGCCUCCGGGAAAUUGAGCUCAUAGAGCAAAAAAUGUCCAGUGGAGAGUUGAAAACAUUGGAAAAAGACCAGAUCGAGAAGGUGGCUAGAAAGAAAGAAGUGUUACGUGAAAUUGAGCAGUUGUCCAAAGAAUUGGGAGAAUAAUUGUGUUAUUGUGUGGAACAAUUGAAGUUUUUGAUUAGGUAUAUUUAGCUUUAGUGAUUUGACUCUUUUGUAGGUUCCCAAACGAAAAACUGGAGACUAUUUUUUUUAAAGAGAACAACUUUGUUUUUGUGCCAUUUGUUAUUUACUUUUAUCACUGUGUGAUUACAUGCUGUAAAAUGUAGUUUUUUGAGACAAUUUUAUAUAUUUUACUCAUAGGUACAUUGUAUUUUUUACAAUGAUAUGCAUUUUUUAACUUUCAAUGUGUUGGAAAUAAAUGUGUGUCACUAAAUACUGACUUGAAUUUUAGUGCAUCAUAGUUCUGUAUUGGUAAAUAAGCUGAACAUAUACAGACCUUAAGCACAGUUUAUUUUAGAAAUAACAUGAAUAUUUUUUUAAUAUUAAUAUAUUGUUUAUAUAGUUU